AUGCAAAGUCCUGUAAAAGGGGUCUAUCGAUCACCAGAAGAGCGUGAAAGAGAAAAUUUGAGAGUGAGGGCCAAGUAUGCCCAACGAGCGCAUCAGAGGAAGGUGGAAUUGUAUUUCAAAGCUUUGGAUAUUGUGAGACAAAAAGAACAGUGCACAGACAGGCAACUCACUUUCUCUGUGAAAUACGCAUCGCAAUAUGGUGAGAGAGUAGUGCUUGUCGGAGAUAUCCCAAUAUUGGGCAACUGGAUAGCUGCGAACGGAGUGCCGAUGAAUUGGAACGAAGGGUGUAAUUGGUCAGUCACCCUUACUGUGCCUUACAGCACACAUACCUUGCACUACAAGUACGUGGUCGUCACGGAUGGUGCCGAAACAAACCGCGGCGUGAAGUGGGAAUGGGGAAACAACCACAGACUCGAGAUCGGGGAGGGCGACGCCAGCCCGUGUAAUAUAACUGACGAGUGGGGUGCGGGAACAUCACCAGCCUAA